AUGCCUAACACCCGCGAACUUCGUCAAUACCUUGUUAUGUUUUUCUUCACACUUCUCUUGUGGAACUCUGAUCCUCAGUGCUUGGCUCCCAAGCCCAAAUUGGAUCUAGAAAACCCUAACGAACUUUACGAUCCCGAGGUGAUGCUAGCAAGCGCUGGAUGCAAGAAACGUGAGUCGCACCGUGACACUGCUGAUGUCACUAAGGAAGUAACCAAUGUUGUUUCAUCUGAAGAAGUUGAACAAGUUGAAGAGUCUGUUGAACAAGUUGUUGAGGAAGUUAAAGAUGAGGUGACUGAGCUUGCAGUGCAUCGUUUGCGCCAAAUUAUUGGCAUGAUUCCCCACUACUUCACUAAGCAUUUCUACGACUACAGCGUCAGCUCUGAUGAUAGGAUAACUAAAAGGCUCUCUAAACUUCGUUCUGGUAAUGUUCCAAGCAAGUUGGCGAGAAGGCUUGCUAGACGUUUCGUCAACACACUUGUCGAUAGAAACCAACAUUAUUUCGAAGGAUGUGGAAAUACCGAAGAAAUGAUAAAGUACCUCAAGGAUAUUAUCCAACAUCACAUAAUGAACACCCCCUUAAUGGAUAUACCCGUGUGUCAAUCUAGUUCGGGUGACACUAUUGAGUCAAGCGAGCAACCGAUGGGCACUGAUGAGGGAGAUGUGUCUCCGGGAAAAGAUGUUGAUAGAGAAUCAUGA